AUCGUAUCGUACAUUAUUUAUCUUUGUUAUCGUUUAUUAUCAAAAACUAACAGAAAACGUAGUUUUAUUUAUGUAUUCAACGUUUAACUCCCGCGUAAUAAAUGUUGUACCUGUGAGACAAUGAAGUGUGCAAGUGUGAAAAACUUUUGAUAGACGUAAUUAGUUUACAAAUCCGGUGGUCAGCGAUGGUCGUCUGUCGGAGAACCACACACGAAGUUCGGUCUGCUAUUAGUAAAUAUGACUCACUGACACAUUUAUCGCCGUUCAGAACGUAAUUUGGUGUCAAGGAGAGGUGACCGUUGCGUUGCACUUAGCAUCCUCGCUUAUCUGGAAGCCGGAAACCAAUCUUUUAUCAGUUCAGUUGUUCUCAGCUUCAUUGUUUCAUUCCACGCAGUGUUUAUCUCUAGAUUCACGGUAGAUGUGCAAUAUGGGGUCUCCACAGCAAGCGCCUCCAAUGACCAUGGGGUCACAGAACACUGUGUUCAUCAUUGACCCCUGGUUUGACCCCUCAUACGUCAAGACCAUUCCUGGCAUGCUUAAAGUUGCUGUUGUUGUAUUGGAUCUCUUGGGCUUCAUCUGCAUCCAAUCUUCAGCAUUCUGGUCUAACGGCCGCGGAGUCUACUUCAACAUAGUGGCCCAUCUAGGCCUGUGGUUUUCUGGCAUCAUGCUGGCACUGUACCUGUACCAUAUAGUGGAGAAGUACCAUAAUGUACCAUGGUUGAGGAUUGAGUUGGUGGUUUAUGUACUACUGACGUUUUUGUACCUGAUUGCUUCGACUAUCGUUGUGGCGUUUGGUUCUGCUGCAUAUUCCGCUGCUGGGUUCUUCGGCUACAUAGCGAUGGUGGUAUACGGUUUCGAUGCGUUCCUAAAAGUGAAAGCGGUGAGGGAAGGAGAGGUGGCGCAGGGGCGGCGCGCCGUGGUGCAACAACAACAAGUGGUCACGCCACCCGCGUUGCCAUAGCAACCGGGCACACUGUUGACCGGCGGAUGGGACUAGACUGAUGGUGGAAGUGUUCGAGGCUAAUAAAGACUUUGUAAGACAGGCUGAGUAGAUAGAUACAAAAAAGUGAAGUAGAUAGCGAGUGAGUUCAUCAUCACUAAUUUAACAGCUACGUUCUUGUCGGUGUAGCAUUCCUCUCCAUGCUACUUUUUAGGUAAAAUAGGGCAGUGGUUUCCCUCUUGCCGUCUGCCCAAGCCAAGCGAGUGAGUUACGAAGCGAAAAAUAAUAGUGGUGCGAGAUUCAGCACUGGUGAUUAUUUAAAACUUUCAGAUACACAAAUCAUAGGUCAUUGACCUUCCAUUCAUAAUAGUAUGACACUUGAAAUCAGGACCAAGCCUGUAGGUGUACUGUCCCGGAACAUUUAAAGCCAGGGCUUGAACGCGUUAGGAUAUACAAGCGAUUCUGCUCACUACGCUUCUUCUUUUAAACAUGCUGAUGGCUUGGAAUUUGACUUGCCAUCAUGGUCGAAGGAUUCUCCCAAUUUGUAUUUUUUGGAAUAUUGUGACAGGCAAUUCCAUACUAAUGAUUUUCCGAGGGCAAUAAAGUAAAUACAAUGCUUUCUGAAAGAAAUCUAUGUUAAGUAGUCAGUGUUAGUGGUCGAAGCGAAGCGUAGUACCAACAUUGCCAGAGAAGGCUCGAAUAAUUUGAAUAAGUAUUGGUGCUAAUUUCUGUACACACUGUCUCAUUUUAUUUUAAGUUAUACCAGUCAUUUUCUUAUCCGCUAUUAAGAGGAAUCGACAGGCAUAUUUAUGGAACAUACGACACUUUUAGAUAGAAAUCUAAAACAACUAAAAUUUUUGCAUCGGUCGAUAGAAUUAGUAAGUUGACAGCACAUGCAAACGAGUUGAAUAUAACGAGAUAUUUGAUUCGCCCGGAUUAUUCAUUCAUUCGCUCAUUCAUUUUAAAAUCAACCAUCCGUCCCUUUCCUUUUCGGCGGAUAAGAAAAUUACAGGUAUAACUUAAAAUAAAUUUGAUUGGUGUCUACAGGAAUUAGCACCAAUGCAAUACUUAACUGGUAAGUAGUGAAUGUAAGUUUAAGUGAAUGCAGUCAUUUGUGUGCAUUUAACCACUCAUCACAUCACAGCAUUUGUAUUAAAUAUGUUAUAUAUUGUACACCCACCUUUAUGUUAUCAUGUGUACCUCAAAGUGUACUUACUUAUGUGUAAAGCGGAUUGUAUAUUAGGAGGCAGUGACGGCGGUAUAGAAUGUAGUAAGUUAUAAAAAAUCUUAUCAACAAUAAAAAGAAAACAGUUCACAAGUUUAUUUUUCGUAAAGAUUAUUUAAAUAUUUUAAAUACCUACGAGAAUUAGGAAUAAAAUAUAUAAUUUACAAUGAUUAUAGAGCUUUUUCGAAAUUCAAAUUUAAUUACGCUCGUGUUUUGUUGAGCAAAAAUUCCAAAGUGUUUCGAUUUUUUUGAUGAGAAGUAUAUAAGUAAGCCUAUUGUACUAAUUCUAUUUCUCUUUUGUUUUGUAUUUUGUUUUUUCCUGUUUGUGCAAUAAAGUAUUUGUUAUGUUAUGUUAAGUAAGAAGAGUUAUAGUGUAAUACAAAUUCUCUAUCUUUGUUUUGUUUUUACUGUCCAGCAUAAAUGUCACCCAAUUGUAUGUAUUAUUUAUCUUUUAUAUGAUCCUUUCUCUUUUUGACCACAUGUAUUUAGAAUAUAAUCUACGGAAAUAGCUCUACCACGUCACUGGCUCAACUGUUCAAUGCCGCUCAGUAGCUCUAAGCUUAACCCUUGAUAUAGACUUGUGAUAGUAACAUAAGCAUUAACUUAUUGUAUGUACAUCUUGUAAAUAACUUUACUUUCCAUUGCGAUAUUUUAGUCUUAAGUUAUUUAUUUAUCCCCCUAUACUAACGCACUCUGACACGAAGACCAUGCACGAAAAACGUUAGUGUGGGGGGCCCAUAAAGAUUCUACUUAGAAAAUGUUUCAAAGCAUGGCUCAUAUUACGGGAAUUUAUUUCCGUCCAAUUUGUUUAGAAAUGCUCAUGUUUGUGUCAAAUUAAAAAAAACAACCUAUGGUGUUCAUACAAACCAUUUUUUUACAAUUAUUUAGUGUUAUGUAACAUAGCACUAAGCAAGCCACAACAACACUAAGUAGUCGGUGGUUAGGUAAGCGGAUCCUGUAAAAAAAAAACGGGAUAAUGCUAGGGAGAUGAUGAUGUUAUGCAACAUGUACAUCAAUCGAAUAAAAUAUACUUAGUUCACUAUAGUUACUAAAAAUGCAAUAAGUAGAAUAAGUACAAUUAAAAACACUCUUUGUUAAGUGGUCAAACCUCGAAGCAUUGGUUAUUUAUACCAGUUGCAUGACAGCAGGACAGAUAUAGUACAUCGUCUAGCGCGAAAGAGACGAGAGAUAUGUUACUCUAAUCAUAACCCUUUAAAAGGUAUACACAGAUUAUGAACACAAGAAAUGUCAAAAGUUGUAACUGGUUGUUUGUCUUGACUGGAAUGAAUUGUAAAUGCAAAUAUGUUUCACCUACUUAGUUUGGCAAUUUCACUGUAAUGAUUUGAGAAAUCGUUUUACUGAUAACUUUCUGAAAGGGUUACACAUCUGUUCUAUAAACUUACUAGAUGACCCGGUCAACUUCGUAUCACCCUUUUCCAUAUUUUCUCACCGUUCAAACUAUCCCUGGACUUUAACGAAUAUUUCAAGACAUAAAUUAGCCAGAUACAGGUACAGCCGUUCUCGAGAUUUAGAGGGACUAAAGAACAGGUCUUCAUUUUUAAAUAUGUAGAUAGCAAGCUAAUUAAAUGGCUCUUAGCUCAAUUAUGAAUCAAUGUCUUUUCCAAAGUAUUUUUACAUUUGUGCCUGUCUUUUAGCACUUUGGAUAUAUUUACAUUGGAAAUCAAUAUAAUCACUGAUAGAUGUUGUUUGUCUAACUUUAUAUAUUUUAUUGCGAAGUUAAAUAAAAUGCUUUAACUGUGA